GUACUCCAUACAAAGUUUCAAACGCAUAAGUGGACGUCUCAAAGUGUCGGUGCGUUAUGAUGACGACAUAGAUGUCAAAUGUGGCUUUUCCCGAGCUAACAUGCUUCUGUAAAGGCUGUAAACUUGAAAUUAUGGCUUUGAACCACCUGAGUCUGCUGCGCCCCCUGCUGUGUCAGUCCCUGGUGCGACAGGUCAGGUCUCCCCUCGUGGCCACCUCCAGGGUCCGUGCACCACUUCUGUGCCCCAACACCACCUGCUACCCCGCUGCAUGCACCAGGCUCUAUGCCACCAAGAAGGCAAAAGCCAAGGCAAAGGGCCAGUCAGCUAAGGUGAAUAUUAAUUCGGCUCUAGUGGAAGACAUAAUCAGUCUGGAUGAAGUGAAGGGGGACAUGACGGCUGUUCUCAAUGCACUCAAAGAUGACUUCACACGCAACCUCAGCAUCCGAACCUCGCCAGGAGCUCUGGAUCACAUUGUGGUGACGACACCAGAUGGGAAGUUCCCUCUCAACCAACUAGGACAGGUCUCCAUGAAAUCCCCUCAGCUCAUUAUGGUCAACAUGAGCAGUUUCCCAGAGGCUACAGCGGCUGCCACCCGUGCCCUCAGAGAGAGUAGCAUGAACCUUAACCCAGAGGUGGACGGGACGAUCAUCAAGGUGCCCGUUCCAAAAGUAACGCGGGAACAUAGAGAAAACCUUGCCAAACUGGCCAAACAGUUCGGCAACAAGGCUAAAGACUCACUGAGGAAAGUGCGAUCUAAUGCUGUCACACAGGUCAAAAAGACAAAGGAAGGACACUCGGAGGACACCAUACGACUUGUGGAAAAACAGAUUCAGCAGAUGGCGGACAACAUUGCAGUGGACAUUGACAAACAGCUUGCAGCCAAGACCAAGGAGCUGUUAGGCUGACUAAAAGGUCUUAUGUUUGAUAUUUUGUUUAUAGCUGAACAUAUGAUGAUGAUCAGAUGGACGCACAUGACAGAAGCAACAUGUAAUUCUUAUCAUGUUUAUAAUAGCCAGUGACUCAAUCACGCGUUGGGGAGGUAGUUCUCAAAUCCCGUUCACAGUCCGAAAGCUUCACACAGAUGAACAAGUCUUGGUCCUGUUGUACAUGUUUAGGCAAAAACUGUUCCUGCCCACAUCACUGGCAAAUAUCUGCUUUUCGCUGCUGGGUGAUAUCUGUGUUUAAACAUCAGUGCAUAUACACAAAUUGGCACGGAAACAACAACAUCGACAGACUGCCAGUCACCUCCCUCCUCCCUUGUUACUCUUCCUGUCUUCAAACAAACACCGAGCAAGGGACGAAUUGACUUUUAAUGGGAUUUGUGGGCCUCCUCCUAAUCAAACCCCUUGCCACAAGGGCUGUCUGUUUAUAUAAAACAAGCGCACCCGUCUGAAUGUAAACUGGUUGUGGGUUUUUUCUUGGUGGCAAGAGCGAGAGAGAAAGGGAGAGAGGGUUUGUUCCAGAGACGCAGGAUAUGAUUAGCGUGUUGCCAAACAUUUGUUUCACAUUGAUUCAAAGUCUGUUAAAAAAAUGCACUAGAGUAAAAAAAAAAAAAAAAAAAACUUUAAAUUCUGCCUGUGUCUAGGAUUGAUAAUAUGGCUACACUCUCGACAGUAAAGUCGGGAAAGUAACAUUAUUGAUGGACUCCAUUAAAGAACGUUGUACGAUGUGCGUCAUCUUUCUCUCUCUCUUGUUUUGUUUUGUUUUGUUUUUCUCCAUUUUUAGUUUGAAGUCGCCCCCCUCCUCCAUUAGUCAGAGUGAUAAUGGACUUUUCCUGUGUAUAGACAUCCAGGCCCUGGCUGCUGGCACCACAAUUGUCCAUUGGGAAAAGAGGCUUUUAAUGUUGUGCACUUGGCCCUCUUUGUCUUUAAAUAACUGCACUUUUAAAGCCACGGUCAGGAAUUGCAGUACGAGUAGUCCUACAAAGAGGAACGAGAAAUGUAUGAAUGGGAAACCUAGCCAGCGACAAACACAUGGCUCUGCUUUCAUCUAUCUGCUGUUUACACCAGCUAGAGGCUUUCCGUACUAUUAUGUGGUCGGUGUGUUCAUCUCUAUCAUAGUUUGUUUUGCUUCCUCUGCUACUGGUCGCAGGCAGCCCACAUGGCAGACAGGUUUCAUUUUAAAGGUUUGCCCACACACUUGCUCUUAUAACCAACCAGGCAUUUGAUGAUUACAAUACUGCAACAUUGCAAACUACUAAUUCAAUCUUAAUCAAUAUGCUGUCCCAACUCUUUUAAAUGGACAAAAUGAAUUGAGGAUUAGUGACGAUGCAGAUUCUAUGGUGGUUUUGUGUCAUCUUUGGUGUAAGCUGGUAGCAGCGCCAAGUUGCACGCUACAGAUUGUGGCUUUAUUACAUUUGCCUUGGCCCUCUGUCUCCCUGAAUGGCUUUGCUUUAAUGGCCUAAACAGACCAGAGUCGUUGGAUAAACAAGAGUUUAGCAGAGGAGUGGCUGGGUCGGGACAGAGGAGGGGUGGGGUGGAAAUGGCAGGUUUUUGUGGUGAUUCUGGGUCCAUAUGUCAGCAAUUUGAGGGCAUUGUGUACCUUGGCCUAAAACAGAGGCUUCAUGAUCGAUGGAGGGGUGAAAAUCUCCCAAGUCCCUGGCGCAGAACACAGGCAAGCACAAGGAAAUUGCUUUCAGCUGAUAGCUUCAUUUUGGUUGACAUUUAUCAAGUGAAUUACCCCUGUUCCUUUCAAAUGUUUACUACUACUAGCACCGCCUUUUGACUGCGUGUGCGUGUGCGUGUGCGUGUGCGUGUGUGUGUGUGUGUGUGUGUGUGCAAGAGAGCAAUCAAGGUUUGUCUUUGUGGAAGUAUUGGUGUGUCCUUUGGUGAUUCCUCACAAAAAUAUACAAAUUAGUUCGGUAAACAUUUGAUUUUAUAGUCUAACUGAUAGAUAACAGUUACACAUUUUGAACUUACUGCUUUUACUCACAACUAUUAAAGCUGUAUUUUUAUUUAAAAAAAAUGUUUUCAGUACACCAAGGAACAUUACAUUUAAAUCCAUUUAUCUCAAGAAUUAAAACGAGACUACAUAACUUUUGCUAAUCAAGGGGGCAAAGGGACAUUUAUGGGAUAAUGGUAAAUGCUAAAAUGUAAUGUAAAAGUAGCACAAGUAGAGAAGGGUCAUAAAUCAGUGAACUGACUCAGUAAUGUCAGUUAUACAGCAAUAUCUAAUUAAUGUUUUCUAAGAGUAGUCAACCUGAGCUACUGGUCAUACCAGACCAAGUGAGGCUGAAGCAGCAAAACUCCUGAGUGCACUAAAUUGGGCAAGAGUUUGUUUUGAGUUAGUUUUCAUUUGUAAGAGGAAUAAUUCAUUAUUUCUUCUUUCAAAAGUUGUUCGUGUUGCAGAGCGCUUAUUAAAUCCAAAUCCAUCCUUUUACGGUUUUCAGAAAGCACAAAUAUCAGAUACAGCCACGGAAGAGUACAAUUUAAACU